AAUUUUUAACCAUUUCAAGUUUUCACCUCUUUUCUUCCCUUAGCAUUUUAGGAUACUGUUUUUAUUUCAUCCCUUAUUGUCUCUUUUCUAUAUAAACGAAAACCAAAUUAAUUUAAGUAACCUAUCCUAACGUCUUUUCUACAUUUUGUGUUCCAAUUGCUAGAUUUUUUUUUUUUCUCCCUCCAAUUUUUUUCCUCCCUCCCCGAUAUUAAUGGCUAAGGUCAAAGUGAUGACCUUUCAUAAGAUAUUUUUAAAAGUAUCUCACUUUGAAAUACAUUUGCUAGCAUGUAUGUUUUACGCCUUGCCAUUUGUAUUCUGACAUUUCCUGAAAGAUUCGGCAAGAAGACAUAGAAUGAAACCUGAAGUUCCCAAAAGAUUUAAGGAAAGCAAAAAACUUUCAUCUUUUGAAUAUUUCGUUAGAUUACCAGCAUAUUGUUGGCAUUUCUGAAAAUACUUAUUGAUUUAUUAUCAUUUUUCUUUACUGGAAAAACAACAAACAAUUUACAUGUAGAUGCAAGAGGUCUAUGUUUGUUGCCAUUUAUUAUGGCAGUUUUCCCUUUGUACAUUCAUCCAUUAAUUGACUGUAAAAUGUCUGAACCCUCUCCGUCCCCUGAGUUUUCUUUGUCUCCUGAGCCAGAAAUUAGCAUGAGAAAACAAGCUAAGCAUCAUGAUUCUAGCAGUGGAACAGAGUCCUCUAGUGGCACUGAUUGGUCUGCUGAUACACACAAGUCUUGUGACCCCGUGUAUGAAGAUGAAGAAGAAAUCCUUGGGUCAGAUGAUGAUGAACAAGAAGAUCCUCGCGAUUACGUAAAAGGUGGCUACCACCCAGUUAAAAUUGGUGAUUUAUUCCAUGGACGUUACCAUGUUGUUCGGAAGCUUGGUUGGGGUCACUUCUCGACCGUUUGGUUGUGUUGGGACAUGGUAGCGAAAAGAUUUGUUGCCUUGAAGGUUGUUAAAAGUGCUCAGCAUUACACUGAAACUGCACUUGAUGAAAUCAAAUUACUAAAGUGUGUCCGAGACAGUGAUCAGAAUGAUAGCAAUAGAGAGAAAGCUGUGCAAUUAUUAGAUGAUUUUAAAAUAACUGGUGUGAAUGGAGUACAUGUAUGCAUGGUUUUUGAAGUUUUAGGUAACCAUUUGCUUAAACUAAUAAUUCGAUCCAACUAUCGAGGGAUUCCAAUUGAGAAUGUGAAAAAUAUUAUAAGACAAGUUCUUCAAGGACUUGAUUAUCUUCAUAGAAAAUGUGAGAUCAUUCAUACUGAUAUCAAGCCAGAAAAUAUAUUGAUGUGUGUUGAUGAGGCGUAUGUUCGGAAAUUAGCCGCUGAAGCAUUGGAGUGGCAACGCCUGGGGAUCAAACUUCCUGGUUCAGCAGUAAGUACUGCUCCCAAGGAGAGGAUUGAUGCUGUAAAAAUGACCAAAAAUAAGAAGAAAAAAUUAAAAAAGAAACUGAAACGCCAACAGGAACUGAUGAACCUCCAACUGCAACAAAUGGAAGAGACCUGUGCAGAAUCAGAAAUCGGUGCUACCAAUGAACCAAGAGAAACGAGCAACUCCUUAGACAAGAGACCAAACAUGGUUCCUUUGUCCCAGAAUAGCAUUGAUGCCGGAGAUGAUGAUGAUGAUGAAGAUGAUGACGAUAUAUCAUCUGCUACCGUGACAUCACCAGAAGAACAGCAGAAGUCUUUGCCGUCUCCACAGCCCAAUUCACAAGACAAUAUUAAUUCACCAACAUCUCCAACAACUUCGAAAACAUCUGACAAAACAAAUGAAAAUGUAUCGCGGAGAAAAGAUCCUGUGCACGAAGUGUGUGAAGACCUUAAAGUAAAAAUUGCCGACUUAGGAAAUGCAUGUUGGGUUUCUCACCAUUUUACAGAAGAUAUCCAAACGAGACAGUAUCGUUGCUUAGAAGUUCUCCUUGGUGCUGGCUAUGGACCUCCGGCUGAUAUAUGGAGUACAGCAUGUAUGGCGUUUGAAAUGGCAAGUGGCGACUAUUUGUUUGAGCCACACUCAGGAGAGGAAUACUCAAGGGAUGAGGACCACUUGGCUCACAUAAUUGAGUUACUCGGUACCAUUCCAAAACAUAUUGCGCUGUCGGGCAAAUAUUCUAGAGAUUUUUUCAACAGAAAAGGUGAAUUGCGACACAUAACGAAACUUAAACCCUGGGGUUUGAAUGAAGUGCUUCGUGAAAAAUAUGAAUGGAACGAGAAAGAUGCCCGAGAAUUUUCCGACUUUUUGCUCCCAAUGUUAGUUUUUGAUCCUGCAAAGCGAGCCACGGCUCUUGAGAGUCUCAACCAUCCCUGGCUAAGACAAGACACAAGUAAAUCAACAGACUCAUAACAAUGGGGUGGUUGGUGGACUGCAAUUUUCAUACCACCACCUUUUCCCCCCUCCCAAACAAUUAAAUUUAAACAAAAAAAAAAAAUCCUGCAAAAUAAAUUACAGAACGUCUCAACUGUGUUAACCAUCCUUCCACCAUCACCAGCAUGACCAACUAACCUUUUUUUUUUUUUAAUUUAUUUUCCAUGUAUAUAAGGUUGUUCUUUUCUCUUCUCUUUCCGUUAUGUUCCUCUACCUGCUGCAUUUUUUUCUCUCUCUAAUGCCCCAUAGCAGUUAGUGUUGGUAAUGUCUUGCUGCUGAUGCAGCUUAGAUACAGAGAAAACUGAAGCUCUGGCUUGCUUCUACUCGCCAUUCAAUAUUAAAUAAAGUGGUCUUAAAGAACAGAUCUGUUUUCUUUGGUCUUGUGCUGCUGCCAGACAAGUUUUCCCUGAGAAAGAAGUUGUUAGGGAGGGGGGAAGAUACCUUAAAAAAAUAAUAGAUGAUAUAAUGUGGAAAAGAAAAGGCGUAUUUCCUUCAUUGAAGCCUCUCUUAUUGACCAUCUUGUGUCUGUCUCUCUCUCCUACACAGACAAAGUCUAUGCAAUGAUGUAGAUAAUACCGUUUUCACUGUUGCACAUUUCUAAAAAGGCUUCUAAGAUUAGUGUCUCUUCCUCACUGCUGUCAUCUUAGUUCUGAGUGCCAUUGUUUAAAUAUCUCUACCUUACCGUUUAUGAAGAUUAUGACCAUCAUCAUUAUUAUCACCAUCAUUAUAUUAUUAUAAUUAUGAUUAUUCCAGUAUUUUUUUGGGGGGGGGGAGGUUGGGGAAUGGCCUCAAAUCCACAUGAAGUCUUGUUGGCUCCAGUACUUAAAUAAAAAAAAAAGCAUCUUUUGUAGUAGUCUUUUGGGAUGGGAGAUAAUGUCUCACUAGUUUCUUUAUUUUGCAGGAAUCAGUUUUCGAAAUAAAAAGUAUUUUUCAUAUUUCUGAA